AUGCUACAGAGACUAGGGGACAACCUACUUGCUAUCUGCACAGACGCCUCUUCUAUUAAGAAAGGCACAGGAAUAGGAAUAGGAGUUACUACUCUAGACUAUAAACAGCAGGCUAAGGAGAUCUACUCUACUAAAUAUAAUAUUAGCAAAGGCUAG